AUUAAAAGCUUCUUGGCUGCUGCUCCCAAGUCCUCUCAGCUCUCGAAAAUGGUUGUGUAAACAGAUGGUCUGCAAGAGACGUUGACACCGCUACCAUCGGAUAGUUCUGGCGGGAUAUCAUCACGUAUCUAAGGCCUUAAUUAACCGAAGAGUGUCAGCGUUAUACGAGGAGGUGUUUGUUAAAAAGUAAACCGAACAUACGGGUUCUUCAGAGGAAGCUCGGCUAAUUUGUUAGCUUAACGUACCACUAUUAGCAGACGUGCUGUGUGAUAUUCCACUUUUCUUUGCUUUUAAACACUCAGCUACAUAGUCUGGGACAGAUUUCGCUUCUAAACCAGAGUAAAUAUGAUUAAUUUAGCUGGUGUGAGUUAGCAAGUUUAGUUAUUUUGGUUGGUGACAGUGGGUGCAGGAGGCCUGAGUCACAAUUGCAGGACAAAUUGAGCCUAAAACACAAUUUAUAUCUGACAUGCUCCUCUGGUCUCACGGUAUAUACACACACGAUCCACUGUGGAGUCAAAGACAUUGAAGCUUUAGUAGGUUGUUAGAUCGCUAGGUUAUGACAUGGUAGGAGUGGAAGCAGCCUUGCCCACCAACAUCCUUACAAAAUUCAGCAUUUUGGGGGGUGUUUUGUGGUGAUCUCUGAAAGUCAGUCCAGUUUUGGUGAACCAGGACCAUCAUCAGUGUGUUCUGAUGUUGUGUUGCUGGCCUGCUCAACUGGAUCUGCGCAAGUUUCAAUCUACCUUAGUUGGUAUUUUUCCUUAUCAAGUUACUGAACAACGACCACCAUGUCCGACAACCAGGGCAAUAUGAACAACAACAACGUCCCACUGAACAACAACAAUAACGGUGGGCCGAACCGGAUCCGGAACCCUGCGAUGAACCAGAACCCCCUGAUCAACGUGAGAGACAGACUCUUCCACGCCUUAUUCUUUAAGAUGGCAGUGACAUAUGCCAGGCUCUUCCCACCAUCCUUCAGACGAAUAUUCGAGUUCUUGGUCUUGUUAAAGGCAUUGUUUAUGCUCUUCAUCCUGGCCUACAUCCACAUUGCGUUCUCCCGCUCUCCAAUCAACUGCCUGGAGCACGUGCGGGAGAAAUGGCCCCGCGAUGGCAUCCUGCGUGUGGAGAUCCAGCGCAACUCCAGCCGCGCACCCAUCUUUCUUCAGUUCUACGAGACGGAGGUGAUCCAGGGGCUCGUGAAGGAAUCGGAGGACGACAGAAGUGAAACCAGACAGCCAAUGAUGCCGGCAGAUGUUGAAGAGGAGGAAGAGAUGACCAUGGAGAUGUUUGACAACAGCACAGUACGGUUUGAGCUGGACAUCGAGCCACGGCUGAAUCCAUCGAUGAGCAGUGGUGUUCAUGGCUCCAGCCUGAAUGAAUCCCAGGAUCUGUCCUUCAGCCAGGCCCCCUCUAAAGGUAUGCAGCCGCUGAGGGAGACUGUCUCCGAGAUUGAGAUGCUAACUCGAGCAGUGUGGCCUCAAGAAGAGUAUAUUGUGGAAUAUUCUCUGGAAUAUGGUUUCCUUCGGCUGUCCCAGGCCACACGUCAGCGACUCAACAUCCCUGUUAUGGUGGUGACCCUGGACCCCAUGAAGGACCAGUGCUUUGGAGAUGGUUUCAGUCGCUUCCUCCUAGACGAAUGCCUGGGUUAUGACGAUAUCCUGAUGUCCAGUGUGAAGGCUUUAGCGGAGAAUGAGGAAAACAAAGGGUUCUUGAGAAAUGUGGUCUCUGGAGAACACUACCGUUUUGUCAGUAUGUGGAUGGCUCGUACCUCGUACCUAGCAGCCUUUGUAAUCAUGGUUAUCUUUACCCUGUCCGUUUCCAUGCUGCUGCGGUACUCACACCACCAGAUUUUUGUCUUUAUAGUGGACCUUCUCCAGAUGCUGGAGAUGAAUAUGACCAUUGCCUUCCCUGCUGCCCCUCUUCUCACUGUCAUCCUAGCUCUUGUGGGGAUGGAGGCCAUCAUGUCUGAGUUUUUCAAUGACACAACCACUGCCUUCUACAUCAUCCUCAUUGUUUGGUUGGCGGACCAAUAUGAUGCCAUCUGCUGUCACACCAACACAAGCAAGCGCCACUGGCUUAGGUUUUUUUAUCUGUAUCACUUUGCCUUCUAUGCGUAUCAUUACCGCUUUAAUGGCCAGUACAGCAGCUUGGCUCUGGUCACUUCCUGGCUCUUCAUUCAGCACUCAAUGAUCUAUUUUUUCCACCACUAUGAGUUGCCAGCCAUCCUACAACAGAUCCGGAUCCAGGAGAUGCUGCUUCAGAACCAGCAGGUGGGCCAAGGAAACCAGACUGCAUUGCAGGACAAUCUUAACAACAACACUAGCAAUGCUGCGCCCGCCGGCCAGGGUGACGCAGCCGCUAAUGCGAACAUUAACGGCCAGGACCGGCAAGCUGCUCAGGAUCAACCUCAGCUUGAAACCCACAACGGAUUGGUGGUCAAUCCCGGUCUGCCCAUCGACCCAUCCAGUUCUGACCUCGACUGGAUGGCUGAGAUUGCCAUUGGCCCAGACGUUCUGUCUGUUACACACCUGAGCGACUCUCUUUUGGAGCCGGGAGGGAUCCAGCAGCCAAUGUCAUCCGGGGCAGGUGUAACAGAGCUGUACAGUCUUAACACAGCAGGAGAGAACCAAGACGGAAACAUUAGCGCAGCCAAUGCUCCUGCGGUUGACCUAAAGGGCCGGGGUUGCGCUCAGGGUCUGGGGCCCCCUGGUGGUGGAGGUGGGCAGAUGGAAUCUGAAACGAAUCCCACUUCCUCCACAAUGACCUCACACACAGACUGCAGAGUUGCAGAAAUGUGCAUGGGUGCCACAGACUGGGACGAGAAGGCAAAGAACAAAAGCGAGAGCUCGGACCCUCACUCCGCUCCGGCUUGAGUUGCGCACUCGGUCUCCGCCAUUCGGAACAAAUGAAUCCACGCUCUGCAGUCGCCACCCCUCUCUGUAAAUUAAUCCAGAAGGCAUCAAGAGGAGAAGCUUUGAUGGAGCUUUAUUUAAUUAUUUAAUAACAUCUCGGAAACCUCCAAUGUGAACGCGAGGAGGGCAGAGGCAGACUUCCGCCAUCUAGUCAUAUUCUUAAGAGAAAAUACGCAGUGAAUUGUCAAAAUGAUGCCAUGUUGUGAGGGUGUGAUCAUUUGGAGACUUUACAUUUGAAUUCUUUUUUUUUUUUUUUUAGAUGAUUGGAGCUUUUAAUACAGAGAGUAUUCAUUCUGAAAUGUGAUGUGUCGCUCAAUUAUGGUACUUUUUGUGGCUCCCGAUUAUGGAGCAACAGGUGUCAGCAGGCCGCAUGAGUGGCAAUCUUGCUUUAAAUCCAAAUACACAUCACACUUUGCACAUCUUGUGCGAGGGUUAUUAUGGCUCUCUUUCCAUUCCUCUAAUGAUAACAUUAACGCUGCGUACUUAACAGCAGUGAAAAUUCAUUUAGAAUGACGUUUCGGGUCCCUACUACUAUCGUUCACUACAGCAAGCCACCAAAAUGUUCCUUAUCUAGCUCAUGCCGGUGUGUUCAGGUAUGCUAUUAUCAUAUGCAUGGAGCAGUUUGACCACUGAAUUUGAUGCUAUUCAUGGUCAGAGUGCUCUGAUGUCGAUAUAUACUGGUAGGUUGGACUCCCAGUCACAGAAGUGACGACAGAAUCCUUAUACUCAGCAUAAGUCCUCUUUCAACAUGAUCCUCUUUGAAAACUGUCAUGGGGUCAUUUCUGCGUUUUCUAAUACCCAUCAAGAGACAUUUGUUUUUGUGAUUAGUUUAGGCAGACUUUUUCGUCUUUUGCACGAUCUCAUCAGAGUCUUUGGUUUUUCUUCAGGUCAAGUCUGGCUUUGAGAGAGCGGGUGUAUAGAUUAUUGCCUUAUGCUUCUAAAACCGAACAUUAACCUUGUAUUUCCAUCUUUAGGAAGUACAUUGGUGUCGAUAGCCUUACCAGAGGCUUCAAAGCCAGCAGAGAAAAAAAGUCAUGGAACAGGACAACUGAAGCAGGAGUAAACUUGUCGUUACGUUUAAAAGAUAUUAUUUAGAAUUAGAUGUAAGCAGUGAAUGUUGACUGUUAUAUUCACAGCUUUGCGGCCCUUCAGUUAAUGUCACUGAUCCUUAAGUCCAAGUCUUUUCAUAUUCUGCUUUUGUUGUGGUUUGUCCAUGUGUUUGACUUGAAAAGAUCGGUGGCUGUCCAAUGACAGGACAAGUUUGUUGAUCUACAUGACCAUGUGUAAAACCUUUACUAAAAGCAAGAGAACAAAUAAAGAAAUAUUUUGUGUUGUGACUGUGGAUGGGGGAAGGUCAUUUAAAGGCUAUGCAACAAUAUGGCAGGCUUCCAGGCUCUGGAAUUUUUCUUUUUGUUUUUUUUUUGUUUUAAUUCAAAUUGUGCAAUAUUUAGUGAGGCUCAGAUCCAUAACGGAUUCCAGGUCUAAAAGAGUGAUUUAUGGUUUUAUGAUCAGUUCCUCGUCAUUAUAUAUAUAUAUAUAUAUAUAUAUCAUUUUUUUUUUCCUGUGCCUAUUUGCCACUGUCAGAGGAAGCGGAUGAUUGUAGUGUUUAGAUCGUUUAGGAUGUCUAGACAGAAUCUGGAAUUAAAAAUUCUCAGUUCUGUGAUAAACUCGAUUCCAUGUCAUUCAAAUGUAUUUAACUGUAAUGUUUAAAAAGACUGCAUAAAGAGACAAAAUUAAUUUCCAUUUUGAA